AUGGCUGUCCGACCAGAUGAUCCCAAAUUUGAAGAAACACUGUUACGAUGGAAUGAAGAACUCGACAAUGAACCUGAUUCAGAUAAUGACGGCACUGACUAUGACGACCAUGUUUCAAUUCAGUCCGACAGGGAGAGCACCUACUCAAUGGAUGAUAGUGAAGUAGAGAGUGAAACAGAACAACUUCCUGGCAAAGUAAUAAAAGGAAAAAAUGGACAUAUUUGGAGCACUGAGCUUCCAUGUCGUACUCGAACACCUAAGCGAAACAUUGUUUCAUGUAUUCCAGUACCAAAAGGUGCGGCCAAAAAUAUUUCAACGGAAUUAGAGGCAUGGAAGUUAUUUUUUAGCGCGAAUGUUAUAGCUAUUAUAGUGGUACAUACAAAUAUGGAAAUAGAACGACAAAGAGGGAAAUAUGUUGCUAAUUGUGGCUUUGUUAACGAGACAGACGUUGAAGAGAUCUUGGCUUUGACAGGACUGCUUUAUAUUGUAGAAAAGACAAUCAUCUAA